AAGUGCUCCCCCUGGUCCUGUGCCUAAAGGCCACAUUAGACUGUUCAGCAUGAGGUUCUGCCCAUUUGCCCAAAGGACAAGGCUGGUGCUCAAUGUCAAGGGGAUUAAACAUGAAAUCAUUAACAUCCACCUGAAGGAAAAACCAGACUGGUUUUUGGAGAAAAACCCUCUUGGACUUGUGCCUAUUCUUGAGACCGAGGCUGGUGAGGUGGUGUCCGAGUCUUCCAUCACCUGUGACUACCUGGAUGAGGUCUACCCCCAGAAGAAACUGCUUCCUUCAACUCCUUUGGGAAAGGCUCAGCAGAAGAUGAUGCUGGAGCAUUUCUCCAAAGUAACUCCUUAUUUCUACAAAAUCAUUAUGUCAAAGAAGGAUGGCGAGGAUAUCUCUGGGCCUGUUAUUGAACUGAAAGAAAAGUUUGUGAGGAUGGAUAAGGAUCUGGUUAAAAAGAAGACCAAAUUCUUUGGUGGUGAUUCCAUUACAAAGAUUGAUUAUAUGAUGUGGCCGUGGUUUGAAAGACUUGAGGCCUUUGAUCUCAAACAUCUCCUGGAUAGCACUCCUGAACUAAAAAGUGGCCUGGCUGUCCCAGAGAAGGAGGCAGAUGGUGCAGAGGAGCUUGGUCUGGCUAGACGCAAGGAGAAGGCUUGGUCUGCUGGUGCAGAGGAGGAGGCUUGGUGUGGCUAG